AUGGAUUGGUUUUUGUCUGGUGAUCGCAAACCGGAAACUACAUCGAGCAGUUGUCCUCGGGAUAUGUACUAUCUAUACAGUAAACUCCUGCGCGGUAAUCUCCGCCACGGUGUCGACUUGCUUUGUUUUUGUCUCGCAAACCACCCCAACUAUUUCAAAGCAAGCAAUAUAAUUAUAAUCAUUUCAGAGUCGCUUUCAACCCAAACCGAGCAUGUCAAGGGAUUGGCGGAUGCGUUGAGUAGCUGUGUUGUCUGCAUCUGUAACGGCUUGAGACCUCGCACUCUUUGGUCGGAAGUUCUGGAUGUCGUCAAAGAAAUUCAGCCUACUCGAUAUCGACCUACUCAUCACUCUCGGGCCCUCGCAAACAACGCGACAACGGUAGAGGACCUGUCACGUAUGAACGCCAAUUUAGACCCACGCGACAUGGUGGUGCAGAAGGUGCCUAUCAUCUCCGUCCCAACGUCGCUUUCCGGGGAUGGGACCAGCCGUGGGCCAGAGUUGAUCGUCCUGGACGCCGAAAUGUGCCGGGCGACCCUGGACUGGGUGUGGUACAGUACCGCUGUCAGAGCACUUGAUUAUUGCGUGGAAACGAUUCUGUCUCCUGAGCGGACGGGGAAGGGUAGCGAGGCGGCGAUGACAGGGCUGAGGCGGCUGGUACCCGCGUUGCUAAGGUGCAGGCAUGCGAAAGACCCGCACCGGGAAGAUCAAGCGAGGCAUUACCAUGGGAUUGGGCAUCAAUUAGGGCCAUUUGGAGUUGGACAUUGGGAGACGAGCUGCGUGUUGUUACCAGCGGUGUGCAAGUACAAUGCACAAGGGAAAGAGCACGCAGAGAGGCAGCAGAUCAUUAUGAAGGCGCUCGGGGAUGAUCCUGAGAAUCAAUGUGACAUGGGAGAUGCCUUUGAUACUAUCAUUACGGAGUUAGGAAUGGUUAGGAAAUUGGAAAAUGUUGGUGUGGGAGCUGAAGAACUUGGUGAGCAGGUCCUGGAGAUUUUACGGGCGGUUGCCGGAUGA